AAUUUUCGUCGCAGACGUAGGCGGGGCCAGGCAGUAAGAGUGCUGGUCAUUGGCCCCUCGUGCUCCCGGCCCUUGACCGCCCAGCAUCAUGUCGCCACAGCCACUCUAGCUCGCCAGCGCAUUCUCUUACUUUGGCGACUAGCAGUACCUCAGUACACACUACACUAUCUAUCGCGACCUUGCCAUCGCAUAUUCUCGGCGGCUACUUUCUUUAUCCCGUCUUCGAAUCCACCCAGUUCCACCUGCCACUCACCCAUUCUUCUUUUCUUGUGCAGAGCCCAACAGUCUACCAAGCCUGUUGCAUGGACCGACUACUUGCAAAAUGGUCUUACCAAGGUGGGGUUCAAGGUGGGCAAGGUUGAAGCCCCACCAUCCUUUGUCUGCGUCAUACUGUGGCCAGAUAACUAUCUUGUGCACAUGUGCCCGCUGCCAACGUCUUCACCAAGCCAUUGCUCUCCGUGUUUUCGGGCUAUUUAGACGAUCCCUUGAAUAA